AUGUCACUAGAUCAAUCACCGAAGACUCAGGGACGGGGUGGAGGCAUCAGGGACGCCCACAUCGACGCUAAGCUGCGGCACGGAGGCCGCCCUAGGGCGCGGCGGCAGCGGGCUACAGGAGAGACAGUGGCAACGGCAGCGCACGGAGCCCGGGGAGGGGGUUAUAGCACGCGAGUAGCCUGGGAGAGGAAGGAAGAGGGGGCGGGGGCCGUACUGGAGCGGGAGGGGGUCGGGGUCGGGGUCGGUGGUGGCAUCGGGGUUGGGGCUGAGGUCGAGUCCGGCGGCGGCGGCGGCGUGGGUGGUGCGGCGUCGGCGGUGGCGUGGGAUCUCUCAGAGAAAAGGGGAUCGACGAGCGCGCGGCGAGAGUGA